ACGCCGCAGCUUCCCAUCUUAAAUACUACGGCGGUCGUUCGACUUCAUCUCCUCUCGAACAAUCCAUUAUUCACUCUUUGCUUGCUUCUUGUUUUUACACUCCCCAAAGAAGUAGAAGAAGAAAGGGAGACUGCUUGUCUUUCUUUUCUUUUAUAAUCGAGCAAGCUUCUGCGAAGUUGUUCUCGGUUUAUUGUUUGUUUUCCGAUCUACAUCUACAUCCAUCCCUUCGUGGCUCCGCGAGACUGAUCAAUCUACAAUCACCAUGCGAUCAUUCCUUUCCAUUGCCACGGCCCUUCUAGGUGCCGUGGCAUUCGCCUCUGCUGCUGAUGCCGAAUCCGACGUUCACUCACUGACCAAAGAUACUUUCUCUGACUUUAUCAAGGGACACGACCUCGUCCUGGCAGAGUUCUUUGCGCCAUGGUGUGGUCACUGCAAAGCCCUGGCUCCUGAAUAUGAAACUGCUGCUACCGAGUUGAAAGAGAAGAACAUUGCCUUGGUCAAGGUUGAUUGUACCGCUGAGGCUGAGCUGUGCAAAGAGUAUGGUGUGGAAGGUUACCCUACCCUAAAGAUCUUCCGUGGUGAAGACAACGUUAAGCCAUACCCAGGUGCUCGUAAGAGUGGAGCCCUCGUUUCUUAUAUGAUUAAACAAUCUCUCCCCGCCGUCUCCCCCGUAACUGAGGCCAACCUCGAAGAAUUCAAGACCCUAGAUAAGAUCGUUAUUGUUGGAUAUAUCCCCUCGGAUAGCAAGAAGGUCAAUGAGGUUUUCAACAGCUUAGCGGAGUCUGAGCGCGAUAACUUCCUCUUUGGUGCCAGUGAUGAUGCGGCAGUUGCCAAGGCUGAAGAAGUCGAGCAGCCCUCUAUCGUUUUGUACAAGGACUUUGAUGAAAAGAAGGCUGUUUACACCGGCCCAUUCGACUCUGAAAGCAUUCUUGCCUGGAUCACUACCGCCAGCACACCCUUAGUUGGCGAAGUUGGACCCGAGACCUAUGCCAAAUACAUGAAGGCCGGAAUUCCCCUCGCUUACAUCUUCGCCGAGACCCCUGAAGAAAGGGAACAGUUCGCAGAAGAGUUCCGUCCCAUUGCUGAACAGCACCGUGGAAAGAUCAACAUCGCCACCAUCGAUGCCAAGGCAUUCGGUGCCCAUGCCGGAAACCUCAACUUGGACCCUUCUAUUUUCCCUGCCUUCGCUAUCCAGGACCCAGAGAAGAACACCAAGUUUCCUUGGGAUCAGACUAAGGAUAUCAAAGCUAAAGAAAUUGGCGAGUUCAUUCAGGACGUUCUUGAUGGCAAGGUUAGCCCUAGCAUCAAGUCCGAGCCUAUUCCCGAGACUCAAGAAGGACCUGUCACCGUGGUCGUUGCCCACACUUAUCAAGAGCUCGUUAUCGACAGCGACAAGGACGUUCUUCUCGAGUUCUACGCACCGUGGUGCGGACACUGCAAGGCUUUGGCUCCCAAGUAUGAGCAACUUGCCUCAAUCUACGCUGAGAACCCCGAAUAUGCUUCCAAGGUGACUGUUGCCAAGAUCGAUGCUACUGCCAACGACAUUCCCGACGCUAUUCAGGGUUUCCCUACCAUCAAGCUCUAUCCAGCUGGCUCCAAGGACGCACCUGUCGAAUACUCUGGUUCUCGGACCGUCGAGGACCUUGCUGAAUUCAUCAAGACUAAGGGCAAGCAUCAAGUUGAUGCCGUCUCCGACAUUGCCAAGUCCAAUGAAGAAGCCGCUGCUUCCUCUGCUGCUGCAUCUUCUGCUUCCGCCUCUGCCUCUGCUUCUGCAUCUUCCGCUGCUGAAGCCGCUGCUGCAUCCGAGACUGGAUCUGCUGCUCCUGAAGCCACUGAGGAAGCUGCUCCUGAACAUGACGAGCUAUAAAUGAAUAAAAUAUGAAAAACAAACAAACAAGAUAAUCUGAAUGGAAAUUGUAUUUUUGAGUUUUGAAUGCUAUGCUCUUUAUCAGCUUCUCUUUUUCUCAUUACAUCUUUUGUGUCAUCUUCGGUAGGAACGGGUAUUAUGCUGUAUGCGGGAUUGGGUUAGUAUAGUUAUUUAAUGGAGAGCUUGAAAUCAUUCCAUUUUUGAUACGACUUCGGGACCGUCUACUGUAACAAGAUCAGACUUGCUCUAUACAUUUAGCUUUAUUGUCUCAUUCAAUGUUUUCGAAUUAUACCUAUGAAACUCUAAGACUGGCCUAAACACCAAUACCACGCAAGAAGAUAAAGAAACGGUAGCGCAUUUGGUAUAAUAUUUGUACAUAUCCCACAAUCCACCGGAGAAAAGAGUUAUACGAAAUGAUUGUUUCCAACAGAUAUUGACGUCAAUAGUAUGUGUUCGUGUUUUAAGAAUCAGCCUUUUCGACCUCUUCCACAACUACUCCCUCAUUGCUCAUAACCUUGGUAUUAUUAGCAGAGAAGUCACCUUCUGCUGCUGCGAGUGCUUCAAGAGCAUCCAGGUCGUCUUCGUCACAAAAAGGAUCGGCUUCAGUCGUAGCUGUUACUGUAACUGCUGUCGUUUUCGCUAUUUUAACAUCCUCUUCGUCACCUUUGGUAGAAACGUUGUCGAGGGGACCUUUGUUAGCAAGCUUGCUAGUGGCAAGAGGUCCGCCCUUCUUGUCUUCGACUGUCGUCGGUACAGGCUCCUGAGCGAAAAUAGGAUUCUUUGGAUCCAAGCUCCAGUCGAUCAUGGCAUCUGCUCCGUAUCUCUCGGCAAGCCAUUCAUUACAUUUUUUGAAAUGUCCGUUUGUGAA